AUGGUUCAGUACCUUUAUGUGGCCCUCGCCGCCGCCGCCACUGCCGUCACGGCCAAGAUCUCAGUCAAAGUACAUCGCAACUUGGAAGUCAGCAAGCAAUCUAACGUCGUGGUCAAAUUUCACAGUGACGAGGCUCACGACACCCACCGCCGCCGACUCAAGGCCGGCGCGUCUCGCACCGAAACCAUCGAGUCGCUGGUUGAUUCGUUGAAGGAGCACACCACCACGUCACAGGCGGCGGUCAAGUCGCUCCUGGCCAAACAAGUUGAAUCGACGGCUGUGGAAGUGGCCACGACAUGGAUCGACUGCUCCAUGUAUAUCGACAAGGCCCCCGCCGACCUCAUCAAGGAGAUCGCGGCGUUGGCGGGAGUCAAAUCCAUUGAUGAGCCAGUUGUGAUAGCACUCGAUGAUUACAAAAUCGACGACCAACCAGCCAGUGCUGUCGACGCGGUCAACCAAUGGGGGGUCAAUAAGAUCCAAGCGCCGGCGCUGUGGGACAAAGGCAUUAAGGGCGACGGUAUUGUCGUGGGCAUCAUCGACUCCGGUGUUCGCUUUACCCACGAGUCAUUGAAGUCGAACUGGCGAAGUGAAUACGGUUGGUUCGACCCGUACAACAAGACGGAGCUGCCCAACGACGACACGGGCCACGGCACUUCCGUCACGGGCACCAUAGUGGGAACGCAAGGUAUUGGUGUCGCCCCGAAUGCCCAGUGGAUUGCGUGCAAGGGGUUGCACACAACGGCAUUGCACUAUCAAUAUUUGAUCGCUCAAUGCGCUCAAUUCAUGCUUUGCCCUCACGACAAAGACGGCAACAACCGCGACUGCAGCAAGGCGCCCCACGUGAUCAACAAUAGCUGGGGGUGGUACGAAACGAACUUUUGGAUGGAAGAUAUGAUUGCAGCGUGGAGAGAAGCGGGAAUCAUUCCCGUUUUUGGGAACGGCAACGACGGAUUUGAAGGCUGUGCGUAUUCGCUUUAUCCUGCCGCGUCCCCUCAAGUGAUUGCUGUCGGCUCCACUGACCUCAGUGAUUCUUUGGCGAGCGAUUCAAGUUUAGGACCUUCCGUGAGGAACCGCCUCAAACCCGACAUUUCGGCUCCAGGUUUCAACAUCUAUUCCGUAUCAAACGACAAUGACAGAAGCUUUACGUGGCAAUCUGGCACGAGCAUGGCUGCGCCUCAUGUUUCUGGGGCCAUCGCCUUGUACUUGUCCGCGGACAACAAAGACGCCACGUACGACCAAGUGUACGCGGCCCUGACCAACAACGUGGAGACCGACAGGUUAUAUCCGCCAAACAAGACCUGCGGAGGCAUUUCCAAGACGCAAUACCCCAACAACCUCUUUGGCUACGGCCGCUUGAACGCCUUCAAGGCCGUGACUGCUCCGCCCAGCACCCCCCGCCCUACUCUACCCCCCCUGCCCCCCAAAUGCACCGCUUGGAACGAUUACUAUGAAAUCAGCGGUAAGGACGUCAAGGCGGUGUCCCAACGCACCGCCGACAACUGCUGCGACGAAUGCCGCAACACUCCAAACUGCAAUGCGUUUUCGUUUACGAAGGACAACGGAGGCACGUGCUGGCUCAAAGCUGAAGACAAACCGGUCAACUGGGUGUACAAGGAAGGCUCCAAGUCUGCCCGAGUACUCAACCCGACCAAUUACCUAACCACGUGUACCACCUUGGAAGACAACACGCACUAUGUUGGCGGCGACUUUGCUUCGACCAAGCAGGAAAAUGCUGAAUCCUGCUGUGGGGACUGUGAAAAUACACCGGAUUGCAAGCUGUUCGGGUGGACCAACCACAGCGGUGGUACGUGCUGGCUCAAGUACACCAAGGGGACCAGGACGUCCGUGGUCGGAGCCAAGGCUGGCUUUCUCCUGGCAGGACCGUCGUCGUGCGGCGGCGUCGAGUCGAACGUGGACUUUGUGGGCCAAAACGUCGCGCAGGUGCCGGCGGACCAAGCGGCCGACUGCUGCGCAGCGUGCCACAUCCACCAAGCUUGCAAUGCGUACAGUUGGUUAGGUGGCGUAUGCUACUUGAAGGGUCGUCGGGCGGAGACAAAGGUGGCGUCUGGGGUGGUGUCGGCCCGCGUGGACAAGUGCAGUGCGUUGGAGUCGGAUGUGUACUACGUGGGCAACGGCCUGUCGGAAGUGAAGGCUGACGUGGCGGACUGCUGUGCGAGCUGCCGUCAAACGAGCGGCUGUGGCGCGUUUAGCUGGGCAAAUGGCGUGUGCUACCUGAAGAGCUACAAGGAAACUUCUCAAGCCAACACUAGUUUCAUUUCUGCUGUGGUGAUUUAA